GGUGUACACCGAAGUCGAAGGCACCGAGUGAGAUUACUCCAGAUUCCCGUCCACGAUUUGAUUGCAGUUCACGACUGGUUGCGAACAGCGGACGGUCCACGCCUAAACCUCGGAUUCGCAACGACUUGACUCCAGAACGAACCAGGAAUUUGGACAAUAGUACACCUCGCACGUUAAGCUUAACGUCCAACAAGAGCAAAGAUACCGACCGCAGCAGAGAAUCUGCUGAAAACAACGUUUAUAUUGUCGAUACUCGUUCGAAAACGUUGAACACAGCUAGUCGACCGAAUAGUGUUCCGGCAGUGCCACAAGCCAGAAGGGGCCCUCACGUUACCAACUCCGGACAAGUGAAGCCUGUCAGCCAACGACUUCCACCGCCAAUUAGAAAACCUGAAGCCAAACCAAUACCCGGACGACCCCAAUCGAAUGAAAAAAUGGCCUUUAAUCGUUCCAAGUCUCCGAUAGUGAGAAAAGUGGGCGCACUUGUUGAGAACUCUCGGUGUUAUAGCUCAGUGGGCGGCGAUACGAGCAAGUCCAAAAUACCCACGAAACGACCUGACUCUGGCAACAAGACGCGACCAACGAUAUCUAAUGUUUCUAAUGUGAAAUCGGAAAAGAGUCCUGUGAGAUCACCAGCGCCUGUUAAGGGUUUAAAAGGAUCUGCUUCAACACAAAAUAAUAAACUGAAUCCAUCGAAGAGCAACAACAAAGAUACGCACAAUAAUGCGGAAACUAAAUCUGGAGAGCCUAGUUCGAAGAUACGGUUGAGCACGACAAAAUCAACAACUAGUACAAAUUCAUCUGCCAGUCAGAAAGAUAAAAAGGAGAAAAAUGCAAUGAACAAAGAAAACAAUAGUUCAAGAGCAAAUUCUCCAAAAAGGCAGACUCCACCAAAAUCUCCACAAGUGGUUAAAUAUAAUUUACGCAAACCAGAACAAAACAUACAUGAUAAUCCGGAUCGAAGUAAACCAGUGAAACCAAAACGAUCUGUGACAUUACUAAAAAAUACAAUACAGGAAAAUGCUAAAAGGACGGGAUCUGAUAAAGUUAGGCCUAUACCCCUCUUUAACCGAAUAGGUUCUCCAAAUCACAACAAUCGAGGUUUUAGGCCACAAUUAGAGGAUAUCAAGAGUUCAUUCCUUCUAUUAAAUAAGAAGCAAAAUCCAGCCAACGCAAAACAGAAAUUACCAGAUGUGACGAAACCAAAACCAAUAAGUGAAGAGGAAAGACGGCAAAAAUUAUUGGAAGUAAAGAAGUCAUUCCAAAGCAAAGGGUUUUUCCAAGACUCAAAAUACGACAAAAUAGAAGGGCUCAACUGGAUUACAUGGAAAUAAACGGAGGAAUCAAAUAAAUCAUCUGUAUAUUCAUAAAUCCCAAGUGGUAGUUACACUGCAGUAGCGUCUAGUGUUUUAAAGUUUACGAGCUUCAUGUGUCAAUAAAAAAAAUGCAAAGAUA